AGGAAACUAACUUCAGCUUCGUUCUUCCUACUUUCGGUAUCGUUUUCCGGGGAAACACUGUUGACAAACUUUGCUGCUGUUGGGCGGGACAUGACUGCUUCAUUCAAAACAGUUCCCAGCUAGUCAAUCCCACCUAUGGCAACACAGAGUCCCACAUGAUGUCCGUGGUGGCUCAAAGCACGCAAGGAUGUGUUUUGAAUGCUCGCGCACUUAUCGAUCGGGGUUAUUCGCGAUGCACGCGAUGGAAAGGAGAGAAAAACAUACAUGUCACGUGUUGUUUCAAGAGACAGUGCUUUCAGAUUUCAAAGAGCCAUUACAACCUGAAUGCCAGUGCUGCUGUGGAUGCAGGAAACACGGAGAUGUUACAGAAAGCAGACAAAACGUCAAAGAAAAGGAAACGAAAACACAGCGAACUCAACCAGGGAGAAAUCGAUUCACAGGCCUUUCAUGAGAAGAUCAGAUCUGUCGUUCUGGAGGGAACAAAGUCCUUGGUGGAUUCUGCCAGAUCCCUGGGAUACCUGAACGGAACGACAGUCACAGUGGAAGAGCCGCUUCCCUCCCAGGAGUGCAGCCUCGCCGCUCUGUGUGAAAUGGCUAAAGAGCUUCCUCUAGUGGACGAGGAGGAGCAGGACGACUGUGUUCAGUCACUCGUGCUUGAGGACGGCUGCACGUCACAUCUCGACUUGUUCUCACGGGUGACGGAGAACACGGCGGACUGGGCCAAUGUGGUCACACUGAUGGGAGAGGAAUAUGUAAUACCACCACACACGGCGUUCCUGCUCUCUGAUUUCACAAGACUACAACCACUAGUCCACUAUGGAAGGAGAUUUGAGCUAAUAGUUAUGGAUCCGCCGUGGGAAAACAAGUCCGUUAAGAGGAGUUGCAGAUACAGUUCUUUGCCUUCAUCCCAGCUGAAACGACUCCCCAUUCCCCUCCUGGCGUCCCCGAACUGUUUAGUUGUCACCUGGGUUACGAACCGGCCGAGCCAUCUGCGUUUCGUCUGUGACGAGCUGUAUCCUCACUGGGGGGUUGAGGUCGUGGCUGAAUGGUACUGGGUUAAGGUUACCACAUCUGGAGAGUUUGUGUUUCCACUGGAUUCACAGCACAAGAAGCCAUAUGAAGUGUUGAUCCUCGGCCGAUAUCGGUCCUCUGCGAGUACCUCCUCAAGCCUUUCAGAGACGUCUGAGGUCCCUGUGGAAGAUCAGCGUUUGAUUGUCAGUGUCCCAUCAGCUCUCCACUCCCAGAAGCCCUCACUUUCAGGUCUGCUGGAGCCAGUGGGCAGCCUCGAUGGUGUGAAGCCACAACCCUUGAGCCCGCAGCGUCGAGAAACCCUGACCCAUUUCUCCUCCCCUCUCAGAUGGGGCUACUGUCACUGACAUUCUCGGUUGCUAUGGAGAGAUAAGGGACACCAUUACUCUGUUACGGAUACAACACAUCCUUGCCAGAUGGUCAAGCUGCAGAAAAAAAAAGAAGAAGUGUUUGCGCUUCUCUGAAUACGAAUGACAAGACGUGUGGUUUUUAUUAAUUAGGACCCCCCUACAACUUUCAAAAUUCUGAAAAAUGCAGUCCCUUCCCAACUUGGUAUUAUAAUUAGUGGUUAAGUCGCUGUUCCUAAUACCCAUCUCAUUCAGAGGAACACUGCCAGUUAUGUGAGUUGCAGUACUGGUGAUUGAGGGUUAGAUCUAUGACAGUGAUCUAUGCACCAAUAUGUUUCUUUGGCAACUAUAAUAUUAAGUUUUCUUUGUCAACUUUGAUCAUUUUUUAAAAAAGUCUUUUCAGUGUAUUUGAAAAAUUAAACAUUACUCAGAUUUAUGGAGCUAUUCAGGAUGGUUGUGUCAGAGUCUUGAAAGCCAAAGGUCUGAUUGGCUUUUGCUUUUAGCUCUGCUGUGGCACCGGAUGUCUGGGGUUUCAAAUCACUUCUGCUUGAAAACAGGAAACAGGCUGCUUGUUGAGCAUUUGAAUUCUCAAUCAUAUUGAUCAACGUUUUUGGGAUCCUGUGAGGUUAAAAUGAAGAUGUAAUUAAUGCCAGUCCUCUCUGUGUCCCAAAAUGUGUCUGUUAAAUCUAUAAAGAAACUGUGAAAAGUUCAAAAUGUUAUGAAACAGCUAAGCAGUGUAAGGAUGCCAAAAUCGGGAUGCUGUGCUUGUAUAUUUUUGUUCUAGGAAUAAUCUGAUCUCCUGUGUUUUUUAAACCUGCAGUAAUUGAUUUUUUUUUUUUUUGGCCACUUGCAGGCAGAGCAACAAGCUUAAAACACAACAUUGGCGUAUCACCUUAUACAAUUGAUUUGGCAAACGUGGUAGCAAACAGUUGGAUUUUUACAGAUCCAGCAGAAACAGAGCAACAGAAGCAUUCACUUGGAGCUGUGUUUCUGUCCACCUAGCAACUUUU